UUAAUAAUAAAAUACAAAGGUGACUGAAUAUUAAACAAUAAUGGCAAAAAUAUUUGAUGAAUAGGUGAUACCUGAAAAAAAAAAAUAUAUAUUUAUGAAGGGAUUCACAUUGUUACCUUCAAAUCCAGAUUAACAAUGUCAUAUUGAAAACGGAUUCCUUUGUGUCUAAAUUUAGUUGAUGAGGGGCAAACUGAAAACAGAUUUUUUUUGUCAACUUUCCAUUAAUUUCGUCUUUUAUUUUUUUAUUUUACUGAUAACAUAAGUUUUAAAAAGCAAAUCCGACGCCUUGAGCUUAUUAAUGUGGUUUGUUUUGUUGUAGGACCUUUAAAACCAGGCCGCUGUUUGUGAACGUUACAGGACCGUUAGCCGAGCUAGCUAACAAACUGUAUGGAUUUAGUAGCAGCUAACAGCUAGCUUAACGGUUCAUCGUUAUUUUUACUUAUUCAACGGAACCAUAUUGAAUGUUUCUGUAUUUAACUUCGUCGAAUGGAUUUUUGUGAAGAUGAACCACUUCAAAAUGGGUCCAGAGAUAAACAUGCCAGUGAAAUGGACCGUGAUUUCUCUCUCCGGGCGGGCAGCGACCCCACUGUGACCGGCGACCUUAGAACACUGCACAACCUGACGGCCCUGGAGAAGUGCAGUCAGGUGUCCCCUUACUCUGGCAGAGUCCAGACCGAAAUCCAGCCGUACAUGAGGAGAAUACUGGCUGUGUGGAUGUUUCAGGUGUGUGAGGAGCAGAAAUGUGAGGAGGAGGUGUUUCCACUGGCCGCGCAUUACCUGGACAGUUACCUGAGCCGGUAUACCAUUGGAAAGUCCAACCUGCAGCUUUUAGGGGCCGUGUGCAUGUUCCUGGCCUCCAAAAUGAGAGAGACUGUCCCCCUGACUGCCAGCAAGCUUUGUAUCUACACAGACAACUCCAUUACAGUCUUGGACAUCCUGCAGUGGGAGGUGACAGUGGUGUCCAGGUUGGACUGGUGUCUGGCCUCUGUCGUACCCUCUGACUUCCUGGAGCCAAUUCUUCAUGCUCUCCCCUUUGUUCGGCCCCUCCACCUUCAAAACAUGCGCAGGCAUGUUCACUCCUACAUUGCUCUGGCUGCCACUGACUGCAGGUUCUCUGUGUUCUCGCCCUCCACUGUUGCAUGCGCCUGUGUCAGCAUUGCCACGCAGAGGCUAAAGUUAGUGGACUCUGCCGUCUCCUCUGAUUCAGUGAUGAAUUUUUUGGCCAACCUUUUGGCCAUUGAUCUGAGCUCAGUCCUCCUCUGCCAUGACCAGCUAGGGAGUGUGCUGGAGCACAGCCUGCCCUCCCAUUUCCAGGAUGGUGUUUGCAGAUUGAGAGCACACAGCUCAGAGCUCAGCUACACCCCUGCUGAUAUUCAGGAUGUUUCAUUGACACCGGUGACAUCACCCCAGGAAAUCAAGCAAAAACACUCCUCCCAGCCAUGAAUAGACAGGAUAAAUACUUGAUGCACAGCCAUGAGAGAGAACAAGCCUUAAAUACCAGGCAGAAUGUGUUUAAAUGUCAUUCCUUCUUUAGUGUAAUUGUUCUUUGCACGUUGAUAUUUACUGAUUCCUCUGUGACGUGUGUAGAGCUACUACAGUUAGAGAAUUAUUUAGACUUGUUAUAAGUGUCCACUCUGUUCCUGCAUGUUUUGCAUUUGCUAAAGCAGCGUCGAAAUAUAUUUUUCUGAUUGUGCUUUUCAUGAAUGUUUGAGGCCACAUCAAUUUUUUUGUGAUAUUGAGAGUUAGAUUGCACUGAAAAGCAAUGUUUGCACAUUUUAAUUGUGAUAUUUUCUAUUGAUAUGUAUUUUGCUGAAGUUGCUGAUUUUUAGCUUUAUAUAUGGACAGUUCUGAUAACUUUAAAUGGAUGUUACUGCUUAGUUUCAACACAGCAUUGAAUUCACUUGUAACUAUAAAUCAAUUCUGUUAAAUUACGACAUAAAACAGGUCAGUAACAACACGAGACAGCAUUUAAGUUCUUUGUUGUUUCUUUUUUUUUUAUUGAUUUCCUCAUCCUGGUCACAAUAGCAUGGCACAUUGCAUGGUCAUAUAAAUGAUAAGCCAGAAACUUUGGCAAACAUGAUUUUUGUUGCAGUCAAGGAGAAAAAAAUAUUAACAGAGCCUGCACACCUGCAACCUCUGGGACAAGGGAAAGACACAAACAGUGCUGAAAUGUCCAGAUGCACAUUAAAGUGUACAAAAAUGCAA